AGACGGACCGAGGGGAACAGGUUGGAAGAGCAGGAGGCUUCUUGGUAUAUUCAAAUACUGUUGGUUGCAAAUUGUAACCGGACCUAACACGCAAACUGGAAGUAAUGGCUAAACCUUCUGCAUGGCAGGAAGGGCUCAGCGCAGCGUGGGUGCCCAGGGAUCCACUGCCUGAGUGCGGGGAGAGCAGCGCCCGAGACCCCAGAGCCAUGAACCACACCAAGGGGGGCCUGGUCAUCUUCACCGCCAACUCACACCCGCCCAGCCGCGAGCUGGGGAAGAGGAUCUCAGAGCGGUUAGGGGUGGAGCUUGGCAAGGUGCAGGUGUACCAGGAAGCUAACAGAGAAACAAGGGUCCAGGUCCAAGAGUCGGUGCGAGGCAAAGAUGUCUUUGUGAUCCAGACAAUGUCCAAGGAUGUGAACACCACCAUCAUGGAGAUGCUGAUCCUGGUCUACGCCUGCAGGACGUCCUGUGCCAGGAGCAUCACGGGCGUGCUGCCCUACUUCCCCUACAGCAAGCAGUGCAAGAUGAGGAAGAGAGGCUCCAUCGUCUCCAAGCUCAUCGCCUCCAUGAUGUGUAAAGCUGGUCUCACCCACCUGAUCACCAUGGACCUCCAUCAGAAGGAGAUUCAAGGCUUCUUCAACAUCCCAGUGGACAAUCUGAGAGCCUCCCCCUUCCUGCUGCAGUACAUACAGGAAGAGAUCCCUGACUACAGAAAUGCUGUGAUCGUGGCCAAAUCCCCAGCCUCUGCCAAAAGGGCUCAGUCGUUCGCUGAGCGUCUGCGUCUGGGUAUCGCAGUGAUCCACGGCGAGGCUCAGGACGCCGAGUCGGACCAGGUGGACGGACGCCACUCGCCUCCCGCCGUGAAGACCACAGGAGCCAUCCACCCCAGCAUGGACAUACCAUUGUUGAUCCCUAAAGAGAAGCCUCCCAUCACUGUGGUUGGAGACGUAGGAGGACGCAUCGCCAUCAUAGUGGAUGACAUCAUCGAUGACGUGGACAGUUUUGUGGCGGCAGCAGAGACGCUGAAGGAACGAGGCGCCUACAAGAUCUUCGUCAUGGCAACGCACGGCAUCCUGUCCUCAGACGCCCCGCGGCUCAUAGAGGAGUCGGCUAUAGACGAGGUGGUGGUGACCAACACGAUUCCUCACGAGCUCCAGAAGCUCCAGUGUCCAAAGAUCAAAACAGUCGACAUCAGCAUGAUCCUGUCGGAGGCCAUCCGCCGCAUCCACAACGGAGAGUCCAUGUCCUACCUGUUCCGCAACAUAGGAGUGGAUGACUGAACACACACACACACACACACACACACACACACACACACACACACACACACACUCUUACCAUUUGCCUUUUCAGAUCUCUCCAGAAACAUAGAGCUGAAUGUCAAACACUGAAAAGUCUCAUUUCCUGCUUGUAUCAUAACAUAAAUCUAAAGCUAACCCUUUGUUUUGAGUGCAGCUUAACAGAGAAGAUGACUGAACACACACACACACACACACUCCCACAGAUGAAUCCUGACUGAACACUGAUCUGUGUCCUGAUUGGACUACUGCCCGUCUCUCCUGUCAAACAGUUCACACCUCAGUUUUUUACUCUCGUCAUGUCGACAUUUCUUUCCACUCGAGUUAUCGUUGUUACAUCUGUGAGUCGUAGCGUUGAAUGUCUCUCGCAGUACAAUCUCCUUUUACUUCUAGUAGUCUAGACGGAUUUCAGAAUAAAAGCCUUCUAUAAGAAGUGAGGAGCAUUUAUGGGUACAAGUCAGGAACCGGCCUACCUUACAGAUCUCAAGGGUGCUGAGU